GCAGCGAUGGCGGAAAAGUUUGUCGUUUGGUCGAGAUUAUAACGGUCUGAGAGCUCACAGGCAGCCAGCUCCUUCUAAAGCGCACUUUCUUCAUUUGUUCCUCUCCCUCUCUUCUUUUAACCCAAGAUGGACAGAAUUAUCCUCCAGCUUUUUGCAGUCGGAUUUUGCUUUGCAAUCGGCCAAGCUCUUGUAUGCUACCAAUGCACCAUUGGGAUUGGAAGUCUGUGUGUGACGUCUGAAAAAACAUGUGCAAGCGGUGAACAGUGCUACAGUGGAGUUGGGAAAGCAAUUGGAUUUGUGGACGUCAAGAUGAAGGGUUGCCUAGCAGUAGAGAACUGCAACAAGACUGACGAUGUGAACUUUGGCACAAACAAGACCGUCUACAAGAUGACCAAGACAUGCUGCAACACAAACCUAUGCAAUGCAGCGCCCGGCAUCCCCACGCUGACCCUGGCCCUCGCCACCAUCUCUGCUGUGUUUGUGGGAAACCUCCUGGUUUGACAGAUGCCACCAGUUUAAAAUGCAAACAUGGCUGCAACACACACCACAGAUUUGAUAAAAUGUCCUUAAACAUGAGGUUUUUGUAAUCAUGGAGUUUUUUUUUCUUUUUUCAUUAUGGGUCUUUUGUUUGCUGUCCUUGAGUUAUGUUGCAGUUUUGGUUUCAGAUGUUUUUCAAUUAAUUCAAUCUUUUAAACACUUUUCUUUAUUUGGGUCAGCCUGCAUUUCACUGUAACAGAUGCUUAAUAAAGUCUGUUUAUAUUAUUCAGGUGUAAUACUAAUAUCAAUGUGCAUUUUGGUGUAAUUAGUUGAAUAACCUGUGAGGAAUUUCCUAAUUGUUUUCUAGCUCUGUCGCUGUCAGAACGCCUCCAACGAAGAGUUUGAUACUCUGAGCAUCGCUGCCAGCGUUGCAUUUGAAGAUGGUGGGGUG